AUGUCGUACAUAGAUGCUGCAUUUCGUUCAUCUCAUUUAAAUGAAGUCUAUCUAUUCAUGCAGAACAAGUAUGUGCUAGUGAACUAUGCUCCAGACACAAUAGACAACAAGGUAUUGUUUGGACCGCUUCUUAUUGGCGCUAGGUAUCCAUCCCUCAGGGGCACAGCGUUUGCAGAACGUGAAAUAAAUUGUGCUUUUGGGUCUCAUCAUAAGGAUCAAGCAUUCAUUUUCUCUGAGAAUUUCUGUGCACAGAUUAACUACGCACCACACAUUGCAAAUAACAAGAUAAUUAAAGGCCCAACGACCAUCACUACAAUGUUCCCCUUCUUCACAAAGAAGGUGUUUGAAAGCGGCGUAGACGCCGCGUUUGAGUCAACUGAAAAAUAUGAAGCUUACCUCUUCAAAGGCGAUCAGUGUGCUCUUAUAAACUACGAUUAUGAUUCCCACCUCAUCGCCAUCUAUCUCAUCAAUCAACGCUUUCCUAGUUUGAAAAACACCAUCUUUGAAAGUGGAAUUGAUGCCACAUUUGCUUCGCACAGGACUGAUGAGGCAUACCUAUUCAAAGGAGAUUACUGUGCGCGCAUCAACUUUGCUCCCAGCACCACAGAUGACUACAUCAUUGGUGACAUCAAGAAGAUCCUUACCUAUUGCCCCGCUUUACGUAGCAUCUUGCCUCUCAAAACCAAAACCAGCUGCCCCCUGAACAUGAGUGACCUACACGCUAUGGAAGAGCACAAGUGGCGGUAUAUGCUAAGCUUCCUUCAACGUACAACUGAUGCAAAACCGACAUUAAAAAAGUGUGCCGAAGCUCUCCAAGUUUUGGAACAAGAUGCUCGCAGAUACUAUGCUGAGAAUAUCGGACCUUUUCAUCAUAGCCGGAGUGGCCUGCUAGCAAUGGACCAACAGAAUUGGCGGUGUAUGCCAAGCCUCCCUCAUCAACAGUUGAACCCGAGAAAAAACUCGAAUGAGUUUGCCAACUCCGAAUCAGAAGAAAGUACUCAGAAAUACUAUGCUGAUCAACAUACCAACUGUAACAAAGAGGCUGAAGCAUCAUUCCUGGAAAUACUGCUAGUUGAUGGUUGCUUCAUUCUUGAACUUCUUCUGAGGUGCUGGGAUAAGAAUUUCAAGGACGAGGACGAUCCCAUUACGAGCAAUGCUUGGAUGGUGCCAGCCAUUCGAUGUGAUUUGGCUCUACUUGAGAACCAAAUUCCAUUUGUUGUUCUUCAGAGGUUGUUUGAUAUUGUAAGGUCGACGUGUAUGCGGACUGAUCCACUAGCAUCAGCAUGUUCUUGUUCGCUACCAGAGCUUGCUAUGCAUUUCUUUCAGCCAGUGCCCAAUACAGACAAGGAUCCAUCGGAUUCCAAGGAACUCUGCCAAGACGACAGGCAUUUUCUGGGCAUGUUGCAUAAAUUUUACCUUCCUAAUAAUGCUGUGUCUCCCCCAAAAUGCCCUGGAGACAAGAAAGCAUGGAGAUUUAGGCAUUGUGAGACAAACUUUCAGAAGCUGGAAUUGAGUUUGAAAAUGGUACACAAGGUGGUUUGUUAG